CUAAGAUGUCACAUUCAAACAUGCAUAGUAGGUAAACGAGGCCACAUGCGCACCUAAGUAGGCUAAACUGUGGAAAGUCAAUGCAAGACGCAGCUCAGGUAACUUGUAGGUGUUGUGCUUUCAAAUGAUGACGCGCUAAGAGAACAGACUACAGUUUCAACAAUCCUCACAUGGGCGUUAGUCCAGCUGUCUAAAGGGGCCCCAGUUAGCACGUUAGGUGGCUGCAGAUUAAUCGAGUUCAUGGGCACACACCGGGGUCCUCGUGCGUCCCUCUAACCGACAGCACCCAUCUCUCCGCCUCGCGCGCUCUCCGUAGUUUGAGGAUGAAGACACAGAACAUCAGGACCCUCUCUUUGAUCCUCUCCAUGGUGUUUUACCUGCUCAUUGGGGCCGCCGUCUUUGACGCUCUGGAGUCGGACAGUGAGAGUUCAAAGAAGAAGGCGCUGGAGCAGAAGCUCAACGAGCUGAAGAAAAAGUACGGAUUCACGGACGAUGAUUACAAAGAGGUCGAGAGAGUGGUCCUUCUCUCCGAGCCGCACCGAGCCGGGAGGCAGUGGAAGUUCGCCGGAUCCUUCUAUUUUGCCAUUACUGUGAUCACCACAAUCGGUUACGGCCACGCUGCUCCACGCACUGAUGCCGGCAAGACUUUCUGUAUGUUCUACGCUGUCUUAGGCAUUCCUCUGACACUCGUCAUGUUCCAGAGCUUGGGCGAGAGAAUCAACACUUUCGUCCGCUACCUGCUGAGCAGAGCCAAGCAGGGCCUGGGCUUACAGGUUACAGAGGUGUCGAUGGGAAACAUGGUCCUGGUGGGUCUGUUGUCAUGCGCGAGCACCCUGUGCAUCGGAGCUGCAGCUUUUUCCCACUUUGAGGACUGGACUUUCUUCAACGCCUACUACUACUGCUUCAUUACACUCACCACCAUUGGCUUUGGCGAUUUUGUUGCCUUGCAGAAGAAAGAUGCUCUCCAGAAGCGACCCCCCUAUGUGGCCUUUAGCUUCAUGUACAUUUUGGUUGGACUGACGGUCAUUGGAGCUUUUCUGAACCUGGUGGUCCUGAGGUUUCUUACUGUGAGCACUGAAGAGCCUGAUGUAAAACCUGAGGCAGGGGGGCAGGUGCAGGGAACACAGCCUGAGGACACACAGGUCGAUAAAGAGGUGGCUGUGGCUGAAGCAGAAACGGCUGACAUUGGAUAUAGAGACAGCAAAGAUGGACAUAGCAGCCUGAAUAACAUGAGUCUUCCCAUGGAGGGAGGCAGCAGCUGCAUGAAUCUCCUUCCAUCUCCUAUGGAGGAGCAAAGACUUGUUUUAUCUGAGCACUCUGAGCUCUCUGAACCCAGCAGACUCAGAUUCUUUUACUCCUGUUGCAUGUGCUGUGACUCUGACAUUGACAACAGCCCCAUCCAGCCUCACUGUGACGAGGAGGGCGGCCACAGUAACCCUGUCUUUUACAGCUCCAUCUCCUACAGGGUGGACCAGGCAUCCUGCAGCUCCUGCACCGGGUCGUCACAGGCUUCCCCUGGCAGCGCUGCUCUGUGUCUUGGAUACAACAAUCAUCAAAAGAGGAGGAAAUCACUAUAACUCACUGAACAUGUGACUUAUGUUUAAA